AUGACUAGGCGUAAAAGAAAACGUAUCCACAAGCCUGACAUGGGAAUGCAUGAGAGUCUGGGAUAUGUCCACCGUAAAAACACCCAGGACGUUUGUUUUGAUGGACACGAGAGACCCAAUGUUAUGAAAUAUUGCCAUCCAUGGACAACAAGACUGAUGGUAUGUAAGCAGCAUAUGUCAGAUUUUACCGAUGAGAAUGAAAAGAUCGAGGUGUUUUUUACUCCUACGAUGGAAAAAGUCUUCCAUCUUUCUCAGGAAUAUACCUCAGUCAGACUCAGCAUGAAUGUCUUUCAAGUAGAUUUUGAGCUGUUCCUGAUAUGCACCAAGCUGUGCCGAAAGAUAAACAGAACACCACAACUUUGGCAAGACCUCAAAUUAACUAACCUGUUUGAAACUCUUGACGGAGCGAUGAAUUGUGUUCGGAUGUGGACUUGGAACCAAAACCGUCAGUCCUGA